AUGUGUGUGGGGACAUGUGCUCGGAUCCUAGGCCCAUGCCUCCUUACUUUGGGCCUGCUUUCCAUUCUUGCCAAUAUUCUCCUCCUCUUUCCCAGUUGGGAAUGGCAGUACCUAAAGAUGGGCCACAUCACUAAAAAGGCUGUAAUAAUGCCAGGAGUGUGGGGAGGAGGCCUGAUGGUCCUCCCUGCUGCAGUUCAGAUCACAGCUGUGGGAUGGAGGCAGCGCUCUUCCUGCAGCUUUGGAACUUGCCAGAAGAUGUUCCUUUCCAUUGUAUUAUCAGUACUGGCCUUGCUGGGAUCAACCACUUGCUUUAUUUUGUCUGGUGUGGGUGUGACAGAUGGACCCCUCUGUCUCUAUAAUGUCACCCGCGAUGACAUGAAGAUGCAGUCAUGGGGUUAUCCAUUCCCUAAAAUGAGCCACCAGGCCUUGAAAAGCGGGACUCGGAAUUAUUUGUAUGAGCCUUCCCUUUGGAACUCUGUUUGCAUUGAACCACCAAAUGUUGUUACCUGGAACAUCUAUUUCUUCUUUGCUCUCCUAAUCAUCAACAUGGUUGAGAUGGUUCUGGCCUCUCUGCUGAUUAUAAAUGGCUUUGUUGGAUGUCUCUGUGGCUCAUGUGACAAGAAAUAGGUUCCAUGCAGAUCUUUUUAUUGUGUUGUCUGUGAAACGUAGAUGCUUCAUGCCAGACAGUACUCACCAACCAUCAUCCACAAUUCAGUGGAAAUUAUGUC